GGGCGCUCUGUCCUUCCUCUGUACUGUUUGCACUGUGACGGACUGUAAACAGGAAGAUCAGACACACUAAAUCCAGCGAGUAAAUGAGACUUCAGUCUGAAGGUGACCAUGGGCAAAAGCUGUAAGGUGGUGGUGUGUGGACUGGCAUCUGUGGGAAAGACUGCCAUACUCGAGCAGUUACUGUAUGCCAAUCAUGUUGUUGGUUCUGAGCCCAUGGAGACGUUGGAGGACAUUUACAUUGGCUCAGUGGAGACGGACCGUGGCACACGUGAGCAGGUGCGUUUUUAUGACACACGAGGCCUACGUGAAGGCUUGGAGUUCCCACGGCACUACUUCAGCUUUGCAGACGGCUUUGUGUUGGUCUACAGCAUCGACAGCAAGGAGUCCUUCAAACGCAUGGAAGCGCUGAAGAAAGAGAUUGACCGCUGCCGCGACAAAAAAGAAGUGACGAUUGUGGUGCUGGGGAAUAAGCUGGACUUGGCGGAGCACAGAAGAGUGGACAGCGAGGCUGCGCAGCAGUGGGCACGUCAGGAGAAGGUCCGGCUGUGGGAAGUUUCAGUGACCGAAAGACGUACGCUCAUCGAGCCCUUCGUUUACCUGGCCAGCAAAAUGACUCAACCACAAAGCAAGUCCACUUUCCCCCUCAGCCGCAACAAGAACAAGGGCAGUGGCUCACUAGACAGCUAGCAAGAUAGAUAGAAGUAUGGAAAGAAAAAGAAAGAACAGGGGAGGAGAAAACUUUCAAGAGAGUAAUGGAGUAAGUAAUGACUUAGGAAGAGAAUAAGAAUAAUAGAAACACUGAGACGAAAGAGAGAGAAAAGCACAAAGAAUAGAGAUGAGGAGGGAAUAUUAUUGACAAAUUGCUGCCAUCUUGUCUUAUUUUGGUUUGGCGUGCCAAAAGUAACUGAGUGGACAUUGGCGCAAUGCAGGCUGCAUAAUGUAUGCAUGUAUGACUGAUCACUACUCAAUGCCUAUGUAACACCAUCAUAUCAAAGUCUUGUCACUUUUUUAUUUUUUUAACCAUGUGAAAACGUCAUUUUUUUUACUAUUGAAUGUUUCAUGAUGAAAGGAGAAAUAGACAUAGUCCAAAAAUACUUGGACAAAAAAUCUUGUUACAUUAACUUACAUUAGAGUUCUUUUUCCUGUUCAGUUACAGUUUCAGUAAUACAAGGUUUUCUCUUGACAGUGAUCUAAUAAGCUGUAGGUAAAUAUAGACUGAUAGUGAGAGAUACUGAUAUACUGAUGUACUUAAUUCUUGGUCUGCUGUAUUUCAUAUGGCCUACGGCUUCUGUUGGCUGAUGGAGAAAAAUAUGUCCAGACUUGACUCUGUGUAGAAUUUAAUGCAUUUCUGAGAGCUUUUCCUUUCAUGCUUGUUAACCAUAACUCACUGAAAACAUUGUUCAGCUGUUUUUCUAAUUAUUCAAUUAUUAUGGGGGAAAACCAGAGACUAUGAAGAAUGGGACAUGCCAUUUAGAUUGUAUUAUUUAGUACUGUAUGCACUCCUGAUCAGAUUGCAUGUAUUGUUGAUUUUCUAAGUAAAAAUAAGUUAACACAUCCUCCACAGAGAAGACAUUUAAAUAUAACAUUUUCGUACACAAUUCAAAAAGUUUAAUAUGUUGACUAAAAAUCCACUGUGCUAAAUUCAGCAAUUGAACAGGUGUUGUGCAUUAAAUAGGCAGACGUUUGUUCUCUGUAGAAGAUGUAACUUAGAAAACACCACGUUAGAACCUCAACAAAACAUGUAAUCUGAUCGGAGGUGUUCAAACGUUUGCAUACGUCUGUAAGAGAACACCAGUUUCACUUUCGUACUGAAUUACAAAUGCACAUUAGUGUGUGUGUGUGAGCAACUGUACAGCUGAAUCUGUGAAAGGGAAUCUGUGUUACUGACCUACAAAUCAUGUGACAGAAGUCACAGUUAUCGCUGGCGAUAACAAAUGCAUGCAAUUCAACAUUGUUUCUCACUCACAGCACAAAUAAACAAGCAGAGGCAUUUUUCAAAUGUACAGAUACUUAACUUUCAGUAGAAAAUUCAGAAGUGCAGACUUGAACCUGCUGAAUGUAUAUGUUACUGAUGAAUCCAGAGAUGGACAGGUCAUGGAAGUGUGCAGUACUGGACAUUACUCUCCCUGCUCAAACACAGUUCAGUGUAGUGAGCAGGUUGUAACUGGCUGAAACUUUGUAGCAAACUUUUUUCCCUUCAGGAAAUGAACUGCCCGUUUCUGUGAUCUCAUUUGCCAUCCAAAACCACUGACUGUGCUAUUUCAGCAAAUAGAAAACACAAUUCAAUUAACUGGAAGCAAGUACAACACAAUUUACCUUCUGAUCUGUGCACAUCUGUGUUUGACACAAGUACGUGUGUGAAAAACGCUGCCGGGAAAAUAAACAGCUGACAAGACAAAAAAAAUUAAUGCAUACUUUAAACGUUUCUACUUGUUUGUUUGUUCUGACAUGCUGUAAAACAUCACUCAUUAUAAAUGAACAUGUGCUUUUAAACAUUUUUGUCUGAUUAGUUUGAAUAAAGGUGCAGAAUCUGGCAGAUCAGGUGCUUGUGCAUACUUACUGAGAAAUCCUGAGGUCUAGCUCACUUCUUUAAUGUUUUACAUCUUGGGGCAUUUUGUUGAGUAAUAAAGCUGUGUUUCACAUC